UUCAAAAACGAUCUAGUAAUCGAAAUGCUUUUCUUUUCAACAUUAUUUGUGUUCUUGUCAGCGAUCAGCAUUUCCAUAGCGGGACCAGUUCUGCUACGAGCCAAUUCUUUGGCGCAACCCGUGCUUCAGCAAUUAGAAAUACCACGCCCGUAUGAGUUUGGAUAUGAUUUUGGUGACGGACUAGGCAUGUCUCAACAUCGCCAAGAGACAUCUGACGCCAAUGGUGUGGUGAGAGGCCAGUAUGGCUACUUGGAUCCAUUGGGUGUUUACAGGACUGUCGAGUACACAGCUGGACCGGAUGGAUAUAAGGCUGUAGUUAAAAGCAAUGAACCUGGAACUGCAAGCCAACAAGUUGGAGAUGCAGUAUAUGUUGUCCAAGCUCCUCCCCCUGCUGCAGUUGCUCAAGGAUUCAGGCAAAAAGUGGAAUUAGUAAAUGUAUAAACUUCAAAUUUAGUAUCAUGAUUUUGUAAAUAAAGAAUUGGAAUUAAACUUGGGUUAGUUUUUCUUUCAACGUAACACUGUCUGAGCACUCAACC